GACGACGGCUGCAUGCCGUACCCGAUCAAGGCGUGUGACCAUCACAUCAACGGCACACUGGGUCCCUGCGACAAGAAGAUCCCGCCCACACCACGCUGUGUGCACAUGUGUCGCAAGGGUUACGACGUGCACUAUGACGAUGACAAGCACUACGGCAAGAGCGGUUACUCAGUGCCAUCGACGGAAGAGCAGAUCCAAGCUGAGAUCAUGACCAACGGUCCAGUGGAAGCAGACUUCACCGUCUACGCUGACUUCGUCCACUACAAAUCUGGCGUCUACCAGAGGCACACGGACGAGGCUCUAGGGGGCCACGCCAUCAGGCUGCUGGGAUGGGGCGUCGAGAAUGGCGUCCCCUAUUGGCUGGCUGCCAACUCGUGGAACACCGAGUGGGGAGACAAAGGCUUCUUCAAGAUUCUUCGCGGAUCAGACGAGUGUGGCAUCGAAGACGACGUGGUUGCCGGCCUUCCUAGAUACUGAGGUUCCUCACGCGCAUUCGCGUCAGCCAACGGGCACAGCUCGA